CCACCAAACCCCCCCCCUGGGAAUUCCCCCAAACCGAAGUUGAAUUUGAAUUAGGCGCACUCACCAUUCACCAACCCUCAUUUGCUUCCACGAUUGGUAUAUCUGAUUACCACUCCUCUCGGGAACCCAUCGUCGUCUUCAUCCGACUCCUGCCUGCAUCUCUUCUCUGCAAUAAUGGAGGCAAAGCUACUUCGGAUCAGUCCUCUUAGAGUUCAAAGCCUUUAUAUCUCCCGGCCUUCAAGGAUCUGUGCCGUCGUCUCUCAGCACAAAUUGCGUAAAGGAUGCAGCUUUCGGUCCCUCAAUUCGAAGGAUGGCAUUCGCCCUCUCAAAGCCGUUGCUACUUCCCCUGGAAUGGGAAAGAAAAGUAGAGUAGACGAGACGGAGAGUUAUACUCUGGAUGGUAUUAGAAGUUCUUUAAUUCGGCAAGAGGAUAGCAUUAUAUUUAGCCUUGUGGAGAGAGCUCAGUAUUGCUACAACCCCGAGACAUAUGACCCCGAUGCUUUUACAAUGGAAGCCUUCCAUGGCUCGUUGGUGGAUUACAUUUUGAAAGAAACUGAGAAGCUUCAUGCUAAGGUUGGAAGGUACGAGAGCCCUGAUGAGCAUCCUUUUUUCCCAGAUGAACUGCCUCAACCCAUGUUACCACCCCUUCAAUACCCGCAGGUGGCUUAAGUUGAGUUUUUGUUAUGCGAGUUUUUUUAUUGCUGAUGUCCAAGGAAAAUUUAAUGGUUCAUAUGCAUUCAGUUUUCUCUUUCUUUGGCAGAGAAAAAUUGUAUGCGCUUUAAACUGGGGUAUGGUGGAAUAAAGCAAAAUAUCUCUUUAAACUGUCUGCACUUCUUUUAGCACUUAAGUAGCAGUUAGUCAAUGCAACUUUCGACGCUCAUCAUUGUCAUCCGGAAAUAACCGCUCUAUAUUUUAGACAUAAGGGCCAGGAUGCGUACGUGAUUACCUAUGGUUAUUGAGCAGGGGAUCUCUUUGGAAUCAACCUCUCUACUCUCGAGUAGGGGUAAGGUUUGCGUACCCACACACUCCUUAGAUCCUACUUUUCUGGGAU